GUUCUGAUUGGCUUAGCCCUGAUGGUGAAGGUACAGGCGUGUAACUUGAUUGGUCCAGCGAAGAUGAUGUACAGCUGAAACAUGUUAUGAUAUCAUUGUCCAUUCCACAUCCACAAGCAUGAGGAGAUAUACUGAAAUGGAGGUUGGUGUUCCUGUGCCCCUGCGACUGCAACAGCCUCUGUUCAUCGAAACCGACAUCACCUACAAUCUGGAUAUGACAAAGUUUCCAGGUCUGGAUGACCCACAACAAAUGUACGAGCCGGCUCUUCUAAUUGUAUCCCAAGAGAACCCAUGGAGUUGUCCAGACUACAGUGGAACCCUACCGGCGGCAAGCAACACCAGAUAUAGUUCCCAGCCUUGCAGAAACCACCCUCUAACACAAACCCAAUGCAGAUUUGUGCCUAUGAAUAAUGUUCCAAGCAUCCUGAACAAUACCUCAAGCGACAAGAUGUUUCAUGCGGCAGAAGAAUCUUCACCACAAAAUCUCCUAGAAGACGUACUUGACAUGAUAGAUUCCUGUCCUAACGGAUUACUUGACAAGCUUGUGGACACUAAUAUGAGUUCAACCAGUUCUUGUGACUACACAGCCAGCCGGAUACCUCAUUGUCCCUCUUAUCUGGCAAACGGACCGUGUCGGCCACCAACGUACCUGGACAAUGCACAACCCUUGCACAUGCACAAUGGCGUGGAUGGCACCAGGCAUUGGGAGUACAAUACUCGCGUGUUUCCUUCAAGAGACGGAUUAACUCACAUCCCGGAUUAUGUUCGUAAUCUCUCUGCUUUGUCAUGUGUUAAGACCAACGCUUGUUCCAAACGAAAACGGAGCAAUGAUGAAAUUGAAUCUGAUUCUGUGAAGCGACGCUGUAAAGCUCCUCAAUCUAUGGGUGCAAUGUAUCACUAUGGUUACAGUGUACCUUACUCAGGACAAUAUCAAUCAUUUCAUGAGACAAUGUUCGGUAGAAGCGUCAUGACAUGAUGACGUAUUGAACUCUAUUUAUUGAUGAACGGUGCUAUGAACAUUCCUCCCCAAGUGUUUGCUGCAAUCACCCACCCCGCCACAUGUUACCGCCAUGAGGUGCUGGUUUACUUUAAUGGCAGUACUUCCAAAUAAAAGUUUACAACAUA